CAUAUAUUCACUUUCUCAUUUAAAAUUUACUUUUUUUAUUGACGUUCUAAUUUUUUUCAGAAUUCAUUUAAUUAAAUUCUUAAAGGUUCUUGGCAAUAUAUGGCAGAGCGACAACAAAAAUCUAUUCUCAAAGGAAAGGAUAAAGUUUCCAAAGAAAAGGUGGACAAAAAUGUGGACAAAAAGAAGCCUCCAUUGAGACUGGAUGAACGCAAACAGCUUAAAAUCGAUAAAAAUAAGAGACACAAAAUGCUUCAUCAAAUUAGUGAUGAGAGCAGUGAUGAAAGUGGUGAUGAAAAAGUAGUUGAAAGUGGUGAUGAGUCUGUUGAUGAGCACGAGGAGGUUGCUUCUGCUGUUCCGCCCAGGCGUAUUGAUAGUGAUACUGGCGUGGAGAAGAAACAGAUUAUUAAUAAGUCAGCCACUUCUGAUGAAAUUUCUGACCUCUCUCUUGCGACUUACUAUUUGAUGAAUGAGUCUGAAUGCAAAAGACUGAGCGAUGCGGAUACUGAUGAAACUAAGAAAAUCGUUAAAAGCGUUCGUGAAAAAUAUGGACCAGAAAAGAAAACGGAGGUUGACAAAGAUUCUGAAAAAGAAGACGAUGAGGAAGAUGUUUUGGAUAACAAAGUUCUUCAGCCUCCGCAACCUCGUAAACAUCAGCCUGUCCCUCCUACAAAAAGAACUCCAGCAGCUCCUUCAAAAAUGGCUAAGGUUGUUAAGGCUAAGGAAAAUAAAUCUGUUGCUGCUACCUCUACUAAAGUUGCUGGGAAGAAAAAUGCCGUGGAGAAGAAUACAACCACGACCAAAACAACAGCUAAAGACAAGGAAAAACCAGCUGCAACAGCCACACGUGGCCGUAAGCCAAAGAAGCAACAAGAACAGGAGGAUAAUGAAGAGGAGAAUGAUGGAAAUGUUGUUGUUACCGAAAAGGAAGCUAAGGGGCGUUCCAGAGGUGGUUCUAAACAAGCUAUUGAACGUGCAAAAGAUGCUGGAAACAAAAAAGAACGUAAAGCAGCAGCAACAGUAAAGACUACAACCACCAAAAAAGCCAAAAAGAAGGUUUCAACGUCUGAAGAUUCUGACGACAAUGAUAAUAAUACAACUUUUGAUGGCGAAGCUGAUGACUCGACAGUAAUGGAAGAUUGGACUGGUGGUGAAGGGGAUCCAGAACUUUGUCAGCUUGCAAGUUGUAAACGUCCAAAGGAUAUGAAAAUUAAUUGGGUGGCUUGUGAUGGUUGUGAUAAGUGGUUCCAUACUAUUUGCAUUCUUGGAAAGAAUAUUAAUCUUGACGAUGUUGCUAAAUGGUAUUGUACUAACUGUAAAGAUGACAAUAUUAAUGUUGAUGAUGUUAAUGAGGAAGUUGAUGAUGAUGACGGGGAUAUGAGUAAUUAA